AUGCCGUUAUCAGUUCCAACAACGGUUUUUUUUCAGAUCAAAGAGAACAUUGAAUGCGAAAUCUUCGGUUCCCUGCUCGAAGAGGCACGCGAUUCUUAUAAGGAAGAGAUUAUCCAUGAACUACAAUCUGAAACGGUGGAUCAGAUGCACGCCAAUAUGUGUCAAAUGUGGCAACGCAUUCGAUAUGGAGUGAGGUGGAAACCGGCCGAGCGGCUUGCUUUGGCAGCUCGUGCGCUCGAUAUGAAGUCAGUGAAGUCAGUCGAUAUUUCGCUGGAUCCAUUGCAUAACGGAACAGCGUCGAUUAGGAAAUUCUGGGAAUGCAUAAUGAGUCCAAAGGUUAGGUUAACGAACCCAACUCUCAAGGUGUCAGCUGAAGUGCGCAACGACCGACAACCUCCAUUCUUCAUUGCUACAUUAGGUACGUUUCAUUUGAGCAGCAUUGGAUAA